AUGGAAGAAGACGAUGAGGAAAGCAAGGCUGUGCCCCCUUGGGUUUAUCUGGAAUAUAGACAAAUGAUUGCCAUUGCUGGAGCAACUUCAUCUGUUCUUUUUACUCACCUGAGCUCAUCAUCCAGGACAGCUCUCAACUCGGCCCUCGAAUCCGUUCCCAACAGUUCGAAAUUUGAAGUUCAUUCUCUAGGCAUUUUAGAUGUAAUGAAGCAGCACGGUGUCGAUUUGAAUCAAGUCUGCCUGUUGGACCCAAAGGCUGAGAAAGAACUAUCUCCUUCAGAUGGCGACAACUUUUCCUGGUUCUUAUUCGGCGGUAUCCUGGGCGACGAUCCUCCAAGGGACAGGACAUCAGAAUUACGAAGACUGGGAUUCCCUAACCGACACCUGGGCAGCGUUCAAAUGACUACCGACACCGCGCUCGGUGUGACGAAAAGAGUAGUCGUCGAUAAAGUUCCCCUCCAAGACCUCCCCUACGUCGAUCAUCCCACAAUCCGGUUCAAUGCGAAAGAAAGUGUAGAAAUGCCAUUCCGCUAUAUCACAGAUUCCAAAGGGGAACCGAUACUACCCGAAGGAAUGAAAGCCUUGCUAAAGGAGGACCUGAACAAAGGUUUCGACUUUUAG